AACACCGGUUCAGUCGCGUGGCAACAAGUAAACUUCGAAAUGUAGAGAGACAUAACUCGUUCAGUUUUUUUUUUUACUUUGUUAUUGAGUUAGUGCUAAUUUGACCAAAAACAAAUAAUGUCCAAGGCACCGUUAAAAAGAGAGCUGUCAAGCAGGGCGUCUUUGUUUGACCGACGUACAGAUCUUUCUGUAGGAAAUUCGUCUGAGAACCUGGGAGGUGUGGGGAGACCCAGGUUCCCCAUUUGGCCUGAGUGGGAUGAUGCUGAUGUCAACAUGGAGAAGUGGGACUCUGUCAGAGGACAUGAGGACAGGAGGCCAAACAAGAAUCCCAGUGCUCCACACUUUGAGGAUCCAGAGGGAAAGGUUCCUCUGCCUGCAACUUUUAAGGUGCACACCUGGAAACGUCCCUCAGAGUUUAUUGAAAAGGGCUCUUGGAGAAAGAUAACUGUAGAUGAUUUCAUGCCGUUUGACAAAAAUGACAACCUGCUCCUCCCAGCCUCCACCUGUCGAUCAGAACUGUGGCCCAUGUUGUUGGCUAAAGCUCUAAUCAAAGUGGCCUGCACAAAUACAGUGUUCAAAGAUGGCACAGAGAUUGGUCCGUUUACUUUUAUUCACAAUCUCACUGGCUGGAUCCCUGAAUUUAUUCCUGUCAAGUCAAUCUACUCGAAAAGAAUCUGGGAUUUCCUUCAAGACACCGUUCCUAAAUUUAAACACCAGGAUGAGAGUUUGACGGUGACAAAACCUGACAUGGCAGAUCCUGCUGCAGGGACAGAUUCUUCUCUAAAUGACAAUAAGAGUCUGCUGCUGGAGACAAACAUCAACGAAGGUGCCCCUGAAGUAGUGGUGUGUGCCAGCUUUUGCCAGCAAGUUGAUGACAGUUUCUUUGGUUUUAGCCAAAUGGCAAAUGCCUCAGAAGUUUUGCGUCAUUAUGGCUUAUGCCUUCUGCACGGCCAUGUUGUCCUGCUGACAGGAAUCUGUGCAAGCAAGCUGGAGGCACCACCCAAACCUCCACCUGUACCCAGUUGGAAACUCAUUCGUCCACGCAAAAAGAUUGUGAUCUCUGAACCACAGAGUAAAAUAAACUUUUCUACGACAAUCUUGGCGUCACGAACAUGUUCCACUCCGGAGCUCCGCAGGCAGGGACCAGAGGAUCUCCUUCCAAUGGAGCUUCCUUUGCCAAAACUGGACCAGUUUGUUGAGGUUGCUACCCCUUUUCCUUUACAUGACGUCAAAAGCAGCAAUGGCCCCAUCCCAGAACCAGAUGCCGAGCAGAGUGCUCCAAGGAAGCAGUCCUUUAAAUCCUCGUUGGUGGCCAUUACUGAGACAGAAGAAAUGGAAUCUCAAAAAAGCCUUGAGCCUGGCUGCACCACUGCCUCAUCAAACACAGAACAAACAGAGGUUACAGCAGAGGACAAGAGAGAGGACAGCGAUCCCAUCUCCAAUGAUAGACCAGCAACUUCCAUGAAUAAUCCCAUCGCUAAGGAAUCCUCAGAUGUUUCCUUUCAGAAGAUCUGCAUGGAGCUUGAUGACUUUGCAAAAUGCUUCCAGACUUUCCUUGUCUUUUACAAGCCACUCGUCUAUCCUCAUCAGAUACAAAAGUCACAUUUUAAGAGUACUGUCCUACCCAAAACUAUAGGCAGCCUGACGUGCUCUGGGUCCCUGACUGUGGCAAGCUCUGAACGUAUAGAAGUGAAAGGCACUUACUACCUGUGUGUGGACAGUCUGCAACCUUCCCAGAUCCUCAUCGGUUUAUCUGCUCUUCUUCUCUGGGGAGAUGCAGAAAAGCAAAUAUCUGGUGUUUGUCGACCCGCAGUGCUGAUUAUUCAGCCUUACUCCUGGACAAGUAUGCAGUCUCAGCUGCCAGUUCUCACCAUCAAGACCACCUGCUCAAAGGCAGCUAUGCUUGGCAUACCCACGGGGCGCCACGUGUUCUGUGUCCGAAUCCACGCACCGCUGGGUUACCACAUCCACCUGUGCAGCAACACACCUUUUGUCUUAGGGGAUGAAGAAACGAUCAUGUCACACCUCACAAAGGAAAGUGCUUGCUUUACUGARAAGGCUUUGUCCAUAUUUGGGGCCCUGUCCAGAGUGGUGGCUUCCUUUAAUGAUGAGCUGGAGCUAGCAGUUCUUCACAAGGCUUUGGAAGAGACUCAGAAUAUCAGCACCAGCACAGAGGCCCAGGACCUCCACAAGGUGUUGAACUCAGCAGUUUACAACAUGGUCUGUGAGGCCCUGGGCAGACAGCUGACAGCAGAGGAGCAGUUUGCUGUCCAGACUCUUACUGCUGACCCCUCACUUCUGACAUCUGACUCUGAAGGAUUUCCUCAUACCCGAACAGAGGAGARCCUUAGAGCUUUUAAGAUCCUGUCAGACAUGUGGCCAAAGAUUGAAUCAGAUGCAGAAAAACAUGCUGCCUUCUUGUUACGGUACAUCAUUAAACAUUCUGGGAYGAACGACAGACUUUGCCCUGGUUUACAGGAUGACUCGACCAAAGUCACCUUUGCUGAUUAUACUGUCUCUCUCCAAGACACAUCCAGCACCUGGGUUUUGAUCUUUAGAGAGGUGUUCYUUGUUCCUGAGGAGAUGUUGCUGGUACCCAAAGUUUACUCCCCCUUUCCUAACUGUUUGCUUUACGUCAUAAACAAUGAUACAGGAGAGGAGUUGUACAAGCUCAAACCACUCCCCCGUGUUUAUCAACCCAAUGAGCAUGGUUAUACUUUCGUAGCUGAGGCUUUUACUCAUGAAAAACCCUCUGGGGGUGCCAAGUGGAGGAUGCGGUUGAUUGGCACAAAUGAACUUCCAAAACUGCCUCGUGAAGCUCCUCUUAAUGCAUUCUCUGUAAAGGAAAUCAAGGAUUGUUACAUUCCAAACAAUAAAAAUAUCAUAUGUCGUUACUGUGUUCAGGUGGUCACAGACAGCGUGGGAACAAUUCAGUUUGAAACAUCCAACCCAGAUGUUGUCAUACGUCUGUCUGUUCUGGACCAGGAGAAAGAAGUGGCCGGCAUUACUGGGAGAGGUUUUGUCUUACUUCCUGUGUUCCACUUCCUUGCCAAGAAAGAGCCCGGUUCCACAGAAGAGAAGAACCAGAUUGAAUCCCCCACUAAGGACGCACCGCAGCAAAGAAAUGUGACAGAAAGUUCGGUCAGAAAAUCCGACUCCUCGUCCGACCAGAACCAGACUCCCACGAYGACUGUGGAUCAUAAGUACGUGGUGCAAACAGAAGUGCUGUACAAGAGCUGGAAUUUGGAUGAAUCUCAGUUGGCUUAUAUCCAAAUGCUCGAAGACAUGAAGAAAGCUGAACGGAAAGAGCGCAGGCCUGAAUAAGCCUGAGUGGACGCUGCGCAUCGUCACUGACAAGAGCACACCAGAGAGCAUCAAGGUGGAGAGGGACACAGAGAGAUUAGACCAGAUUGAGAAAAUUAAGAAGGACUGGGAAAAGGCUGAACCAGGACGGAGUGUCAAGGCUUCACAGUCCCGUCUUCGCUUCACCAGCCAAAUUAAACAACAAGAAAAUGGAGCUGCUUCAGAUGAAACCAAAGACCGUGCUCCAUCCAGAUCUGAUCCACAUCCUCCUCUUAGACCGUCCUCACCUCACAAGGACUACACUCACCUCAUCAGACACCAGAAAGAUUUUCCAGUCCUGAUGGACUCGCAGAGAGAGGACGCCCAGCAGAGGGAGCGCUUUGAACACACCCAGGCCUACCAGUUAGCACGCAAUAAUGUGCUGGAGUUCCAUGAAAAGCAGAUGUCUGCGCUGCAGGAGUUGAUGCGACAUCAGCUGGAGACGUAUGAGAACAUGCUGGCUGGGAGCGAGAAAUUAUUUGAUGCUUCUAAAGUAUUUAGAGACUGUCAGCUGGCAUCUGUGAAAAAGGAGCAAGAGGAGAAAGCAGCACUGGAGGAGGACCAGCUAAAAACGACUCCCACCUCUGCUGGCGCUCAGCAACCCAACAAACGUGCCAAGAGUGCUGGACAGAAGAAAUGAUGCACCGACAGCCUCUGUUCACCUCAGCAAGUCUGCUUCAACACUGAGGAAUCAAAGUAGUUGUAGCAUCAUUGCGUGUUCUUCAUUACGCAACAUCAGAACAAAAGUUUGAUCACAUAAUUCAGAGCUGCUUUUUGUGUUGUUUUCUUUCCUGUUGACUUUUCACAACAUUAAACUUUACUGUAAGCAAAUGCUGUUAAUGUGAGAUAUUCAUAGUGUUACUAAAGUUUAUUUAAACUACAACGCAAGACACAUUUAUUAUUUUAUUGUGGUUAAACAACUUUGAGUGUACAUACUUUUUAUCAUAUUUUAUUAAAUAUCUUCUAAUUUCAAAUGUAAAAGUUGUGGUGAACCUACAUGUAUGGACGUGCAUUUAAAAUAGACUUAUUGAUAAAGAAGAUAUUUUGUUUUUAAUAAACUAAGCGUGUUCAACCCAAAUGUUAAAA